CCAUGCAUAAGAUGAGAGUCAACAAAUUUGCCACUGUGCUGUAGCUGUGGAGAAGAAGUGUGGUUCAACCUGAAAGAGGUCAACUAUGAAUGUCAUUUUCUGCAUUGUGAGUGCUCUGGUUGUUUUGGCAACUGCCAAACCAUGUGCACAGGACCAUGACAAGCUUUUACUCUCCCUCAAUAAGCAGCUGCUUCGUUCUGUUGAGGACAAAGACAGUCUUCCCAAUCCCAGUGUGCAUCUGGCUCUGCGUCUCUCCACAACUCACAAUCUCAACAAGGAGACUGAGCAUCUGGACAACCUCAAGACCAAACUUCACAAUGACAUUGAGAGCUCUCUCAGCAAGGGUCAGGCAGUAUUGGGUCGCCUCGCUCUUUACAUCCUGGCCUUGAAAUCCUCCUGCCAUGAUGUCAACAGUCUGACGUUUAGUGUCAAUCAGAAGAGCGACUCUCUUCUCACACAUCUCAAGAAACAGAUGGAAAAUGAAAAGGAACAUAUUGCAUUCAGUCAAAGACCACUGACCAAUUACUACCAGUAUUCUCUUGGCAUACUGACCUUGUGUUUGAGUGGAGUCCGAGUGAACCCACACGUUAGCAACAAGCUCAUACAUGCUGUGGAGCGUGGACUCAUCAAGCAUGGUGACUCUCUUUGCAUUGACACAUAUGCCAUGGCUGGGAUGGCCCUGCAGUGCCUGAAGAAUGCUGGCUCCCAUGUGAUGGAUGCCACUCAGCUGGAGAAGGCCCUGGACACCAUCAAACAGAGGCUGCUGAGCUCUAAGAGAGCUGAUGGACACAUGGGCAACGAGUUCAGUACAGGACUGGCUGUGCAGGCCCUGCUGGCUAUGGGCAGCGACAUGCAGGCGUGUGCUGCCUCCAUGGAGGCCCUGAGAGAGGAUGUGAGGAAGGGCACGUAUGGCAACCCCAUGGCCAUGUCCCAGACUCUACCGGCCCUGCAGCAGCGCUCUUACCUCAGUCUCAAGGGCAAGGAAUGCAGGAAUGAGGAUGAUACUUUGGUCCUUGACACUACAUCUCCUGUGAUAGUGCUCCCAAGCCAGACCACAAUACAUCUGCAGGUUGAGGUGGUUAAGUCUGACAACAUGGCCUCUACUUAUUCUGUGGAUGUUCCCAAGGGCUCGUCACUCCUUGAGGCACUGACACUUCUUCAGGGAAAUCAGGCUGGUUUCACGUUUGAGAAGGAGUCCAGCUUGUGGGGUCCCUUCCUGAGCUCUGUCAACGGGGAGCAGGCCCGUCAGUCUGACCGCAGAUACUGGCGCCUAUCAUCUAAUGGCAAGGCUCUCGGCCAGGGUGUCACAGACUACAAGGUUGAGGCAGCCCAAAAAAUCACGAUCAAAAACAGUAGUUUCUAAGGCUACUACCACUAGGAAAAAAGGCACUAUGAUUUCAAUAAAAAAUGUAAUACACAAGUGUUUCAUUGUUCUUGUAACAUUUUUUCUUCUCUAAACCCAUGCAAUGAAUGUCCCCUUGGGGAUCAAUAAAGUAUCUAUCUAUCUAUC